AUGGCGACGGCCGCGGAGCAGUGGGUACUGGUGGAGAUGGUACAGGCGCUCUACGAGGCUCCUGCUUAUCAUCUUAUUUUAGAAGGAAUUUUAAUACUCUGGAUAAUCAGACUUCUUUUCUCUAAAACUUACAAAUUACAAGAACGAUCUGAUCUUACACUCAAGGAAAAAGAAGAAUUGAUUGAAGAGUGGCAACCAGAGCCUCUUGUUCCUCCUGUCUCAAAGGACCAUCCUGCUCUCAACUACAACAUUGUUUCAGGCCCUCCAAGCCAUAACAUUGUGGUGAAUGGAAAAGAAUGUAUAAACUUUGCUUCAUUCAAUUUUCUUGGAUUGUUGGAUAAUCCUAGGCUCAAGGUAGCAGCUUUGGCAUCUCUAAAGAAGUAUGGUGUGGGAACUUGUGGACCUAGAGGAUUUUAUGGCACAUUUGACGUGCACUUGGAUUUAGAAGACCGCCUGGCAAAAUUUAUGAAGACAGAAGAAGCCAUAAUAUACUCAUAUGGAUUUGCCACUAUAGCUAGUGCUAUUCCUGCUUACUCUAAGAGAGGGGACAUUGUGUUUGUAGAUAAAGCUGCCUGCUUUGCUAUUCAGAAGGGAUUACAGGCAUCACGUAGUGACAUUAAGCUAUUUAACCAUAAUGAUAUGGACGACCUGGAGCGACUACUAAAAGAACAAGAGAUUGAAGAUCAAAAGAAUCCUCGAAAGGCUCGUGUAACUCGACGUUUCAUUAUAGUUGAAGGAUUGUAUAUGAAUACUGGAACUGUUUGCCCUCUUCCAGAAUUGGUUAAGUUAAAAUAUAAAUAUAAAGCAAGAAUCUUUCUGGAGGAAAGCCUUUCAUUUGGAGUCCUGGGAGAGCAUGGCCGAGGAGUCACGGAACACUUUGGAAUCAAUAUUGAUGAUAUUGAUCUUAUCAGUGCCAACAUGGAGAAUUCACUUGCUUCUAUUGGGGGUUUCUGCUGUGGCAGGUCUUUUGUGAUUGACCAUCAGCGACUUUCUGGCCAGGGAUACUGCUUUUCGGCUUCCUUACCUCCCCUGUUAGCUGCUGCUGCGAUUGAGGCUCUCAACAUCAUGGAAGAGAAUCCAGGUAUUUUUGCUGUGUUGAAGGAAAAGUGCAAACGAAUUCAUAAAGCUUUACAAGGCAUUCCUGGACUAAAAGUAGUGGGGGAGUCUAUUUCUCCAGCAUUGCACCUGCAACUGGAAGAGACCACUGGGUGUCGAGAAAGAGAUGUUAAACUGCUUCAGGAAAUAGUAACUCAAUGCAUGGACAGAGGCAUCGCGUUAACUCAGGCACGCUACUUGGAGAAAGAAGAAAAGUACCUCCCUCCUCCGAGCAUUAGGGUUGUGGUCACAGUGGAACAAACGGAAGAGGAGCUGGAGAAAGCGGCGUCCACGAUCAGCGAAGUGGCCCAGACUGUGCUGCUUUAG